GCCUUUUUUCACAACCUGGCUUGAUUUGAUGUUGGAUGAAUGAAUGACUGACUGGCUUUUGUGACGGAUGCCCUUUUUGUCCUUUCCUUCGUCCCUCCCGGUCGUUUCCCUCUCCCCUCCCCGUUCAGCUUGUUCCUCCUUUUUUUUCCCCAUUUCCCAAGCAAAACCUGACAUGCGGAACACCACAUACAACGAAACGUCAAUCAAUCAAGUCCCGGUGCCACCCCCAACAACACGGCACCCAACACAUCGACACUGCAUAGUACCAAGACGUGCCCUGUUGCCAUUUGCAGCUUUUCGAUUGGCGCUUGGGGCCAGUUCCUGCUUGGGUCUACUGGCUCACUGAGUGGCCAACUGCUGGGUCUACACUACACUAGCUAACGGCCGACAUUGUCCCAUCGCUACCGACAACUCGGAUUUGUCCCGGCGCUUUGGCUCAGGUCCAGAGGAGAGGUCCUUCCUUACCUACAUACCUCUACCUACCUUCUCGCUCCUCAACAAAGCUCCACGCAAAUCAAACUGGGGAAAACUCCCGGUCUCUCUAUCAACCCUACCUACCUACCCACUUGCCUGUCUACCUAUCCACCUCUACCUACACACAUGUCUCGAUAGCAAAGGCAUUCAGACCCAUUUGCCCUCUUACAAAGAAACCCGACAUACACCGACACAACACACAAGUACCAGCUCCCGUCCGUCUACUGUUUCACUGCCCAUUGACAGUACCGGCCGGGCGACUCGACCUUUAGACACAGUUCUUUUGCUUGCGACGAGACCCGACUUCUCGCCACUCCAACCCAUCCAGCUGGGUCGGAGACGGACGCCGACACCAAGCUUCCCAUCCACCACCAUAUUCGACAAACCAUGUUUGAUCCCAAUUACUCGAUGGAGGAUCAAGGGCAGCCAGUUGCCGCUGAGCAGCCGGCUAACACAGGCGAUGAUGAUAAUCACACAGCCCCCGAUGUCGAUGGCUUCCUUCUAGACGGAAUCCCAAUCGGCCAUCAUGUGAGGAUGCAAGAGCAAUUACGCAGCCAGCAACGCAACUAUGUACGGCGUCACCACGUUGCACGGCGACGACAGCGACCGCCGUCGCACCACAAGGUUCAGAAACGGCCUUCAUUAACCUCGACCCCAUCGACAUCGUGGUCCGUGACAAGCGCGGCAAGAACAGCAUCAGCGACGUCAACAGCUUCAGCACCUGCAUCCACAUCCGCAUCCGCAUCCGCAUCCACAGCAGCUCCAGUGCCUUCGUUCCAACCUUCGCCGCUAGCGACAGAACCGGCUCCACAAUCCGCAUCUCCAUCUGCUCGGCAUGUCGUCGACAAGCUGGCCCACGAGCUCAGCGUCCAAAACCUGCAACGGGAGGCUCUUCAACUCGAGGCCAAAUCCCUUGUGCAACAGCAACAGCAGCAACAACCGUCCCAGGAGCAGGAGCAGCAGCAGGAGCCCUUGUCACCGCCGACUGCCAUGUCGCUGGUACCCGAUCCCGCUACCACCACUACUGCCGAUCAUCAAUCCUGGGCGGGAAUCGGCAGCCUUGAGGUGGAUGACGGGAUUGAAAUGGAUGAUGCAUUCGAACUCGAAGACGCGAACCUUCAAUCUCUACUUCCCCCUUCCUUCCGCAAGAAUGAUUACUCUUCCAGUGCCACAUCCUCGAUACCAAAUGCGUCAUCAUCAUCAUCAUCGUCAGGAAACACCCUGGAGAAUAGGCGACAGCGACCCGAAAAGAGGCAAUCAGAACAUAAAGCCCAUACACAAUCGCGGAGCAUUCAGGCCCUGGUGGAGGAAAUGGUCGAAACUGGUACCCAGUGUAACGUUCGAAGUGCUCCUCUUCCCGCGCCAUCAGCACCCGUUCUAUCGAAAUUAGACGACUUGAACGUUGACCACGGUUUUGAUUUUGCAUCAAUGGAGUUGGAGGUCGACGAGCGCUACCGUGACGGAACCGUUGAUGUGUUGGAGGAAGAACGGGCACUGCUCGAGUCGAUGCAAGUACGGCGCGCCGGUAGUGGGUCGGCGGGUAUCCGGAAACACAUGGUCGAGGGGAGUCUCCCUCUCCAUUACCAGUUGUCGGCCGAGGCAGCCAUGCGAUGCGCAACCGUGGUACGGAGUCGGCCCCGAAUGCGCAGGCGGAAAGAGCACGGAACAGGCAGUGUGACCUCUUCGGUUGCGUACUCGACCAACUCGUCUCCCAUGGCACAGCCUGUACAACCCUCGGAACAACCGCCAUCACGAUACGUGCCAGCGAUACCAUCAUCGUCAUAUCGCACGCCGCCAUGAUGGCUAUAGGCGUAUAGAUUGAUUAUUGUAAGGGCUUGAGAGAUUUUUAUUGUUUAUACCCCGAUUCUACGAACGCAUGGGUCAAGUUUGGAGUCAAUUUUUUUUGGAGCAUUUCAAGGAGUUUAUCUGGGAUCCCAUUCUUCAAUGUCAGGCACACUGCAGGACGAACAUGAAAGCGGGAACCAUUUUCAUGCUUUUCAAUCACGAUUUGUGGAAUUCAGGAUCGUGCAGCUACGAGGGUAUUGAUGGGUUUGGUCAAGGGUAUGCGACAUUCAUUAAAAUUGACUGGGGGGGAUUGGGACGGUCAUUUUGGUCGGGGUUCGGCACCCUGGGACGCAAAAGCCUUCCUGAAUAACAUACCGUCAGUAUACAUAACGGCCUCGAGCAUGGCGUUCGAGUUUAUUUUGGGGGAAUUUCGUUGAAGAACAAGGGGCAUCUAUGUGCAUGAAAUGCUCCAGAUUGGGGACAUAACGGGAUUGUUUCGUACAAUUGUCAGACGGGCGCUCACAGCCUCUAUUCCUUUGUCGAUAGACGGGUACAAAUAGGUAGCUCAUCCCUUGGGGUGCAUCGAUAAAUGACAAGUGAUGACACACCG